AGUUUCGCUUUCCCUCUGUCUCUCAGGGCACAAGACCAGCCAGGCACUGGGAAACAAGUUUUGGUGCCGGAGACUUUGGUGGCUUCCAAGACUGCUUUUUCAGAGACAGGCCCAUGGACACAGCACGGAUAGCAGUUGUCGGGGCAGGUGUGGUGGGGCUCUCCACGGCUGUGUGCAUCUCCAAACUGGUGCCCCGAUGCUCCGUUACCGUCAUUUCAGACAAGUUUACUCCAGAUACCACCAGCGAUGUGGCAGCCGGAAUGCUUAUUCCUCACACUUAUUCAGAUACACCCAUUCACACGCAGAAGCAGUGGUUCAGAGAGACCUUUAAUCACCUCUUUGCAAUUGCCAAUUCUGCAGAAGCUGGUGAUGCUGGUGUUCAUUUGGUAUCAGGUUGGCAGAUAUUUCAGAGCACUCCGACCGAAGAAGUGCCAUUCUGGGCUGAUGUGGUUCUGGGAUUUCGAAAGAUGACUGCGGCUGAGCUGAAGAAAUUCCCCCAGUAUGUGUUUGGUCAGGCUUUUACAACCCUGAAAUGCGAAUGCCCUGCUUACCUCCCGUGGUUGGAGAAAAGGAUAAAAGGAAAUGGAGGCUGGACACUCACUCGGCGAAUAGAAGACCUGUGGGAACUUCAUCCGUCCUUUGACAUCGUGGUCAACUGUUCAGGCCUUGGAAGCAGACAGCUUGCAGGAGACUCAAAGAUUUUCCCCGUAAGGGGCCAAGUGCUCCAAGUUCAGGCUCCCUGGGUGGAGCAUUUUAUCCGAGAUGGCAGUGGGCUGACAUAUAUUUAUCCUGGUACAUCCCAUGUAACCCUAGGUGGAACUAGGCAAAAAGGGGACUGGAAUCUGUCCCCGGAUGCAGAAAAUAGCAGAGAGAUUCUUUCCCGAUGCUGUGCUCUGGAACCCUCCCUCCACGGAGCCUGCAACAUCAGAGAGAAGGUGGGCUUGAGGCCCUACAGGCCAGCCGUGCGACUGCAGACCGAGCUCCUUGUGCGAGAUGGACAGAGGCUGCCUGUAGUCCACCACUAUGGCCAUGGGAGUGGGGGCAUCUCGGUGCACUGGGGCACUGCUCUGGAGGCCGCCAGGCUGGUGAGCGAGUGUGUCCAUGCCCUCAGGACCCCCAUUCCCAAGUCUAAGCUGUAGAUGACAUAAAAUGACAGCAAAUAGACUGAGAGACUGUUGAUCAAAGCACAGAACAGGUUCAAAUCACUUUUCCACUGCAUGAAAGUUUAAUUAGACAUUUCUUUGUUUUCAACAUUAGAAGUGGUGUAACAUGUAAGCUGAGCACAGUGGCAUGCCUGUAGUCCCAGCUACUUGAGAGGCUGAGGCAGGAGGAUCGCUUGAGCCCAGGAGUUUGAGUGCAAUCUGGGUAACAUAGCCAGAUCCCACCUCUAAAAAAACCAACAACAACAAAAGAAACGAUGCAACAUGUAAGCUUGCUUAGGAAGUCUAGCAUUAAUGGCAUAGGGCAUAAAGCUCUAUUUUUUGUUAAAAAUACUUCUUAUAGAGUAAAAUUUCUUUAGAACUGAUGUCCAAGGACCUAUGCAGAUUUAUAUGAAUGUUGGAAGCUGUAGAGAUUUUGAUAUCAUUUGGGUUAUAAAUCCACAGGAGGAGAUAAUGUAUGGAAAACAUUUAAAUCACUGUCAGUUGCAGAGCUGCCCGUAAUCUUCUUAGGUUAUAGCCAAGUCAGCAACAUAAUUCCUCUAAAUAAAAUUACAUUGUGUUCACACAAUGCUGGAUUAUGACGUUUAAUUGAAGACAAAGCAUGCUUGCUCCUAGUACUAGCAGCAACCUUUUCCUCCCCUCAGCUGGUAAUGAUGGUAGGAGACAGAGAUGAAGUUGCCUAUGGAUGUCAUAUCAAUUCAAUAGCUGCCUGGGGUCAAACACCUAGGGGUUGUACAUUCCAUUACUGUAAAUGAUUGAGAGCUGGUUUGCAGUAUGGUUGGCUUUGACUAAGCAUUUUUGAAGAUGAACAGCAUGUGCAGCCAAAGAACUAAUUUGCUAAUUAAGGUGGAACAAUCAUUCUGAAUGAAAUAUAAUCAGAGUAUUCCGCAGUUUGUUAAGAAGUAUUGGGGAGGAGGGGAAUGUGUCUCACAAGAAAAUGAGUUGGGAUUGUUGAGUUAAAUGAAUUUAACCUGUUUUUUGA